ACACACACAGGCACACGCAGACCGGGCACCACGCCCUAAGGAGAGCAGCCUUGGGGCCCAUCACCAUGGCAACAUCAGAGCUCCUUCCACUUCUCCACCCAGCUGACUCCCCUCCAGCCCCCACUCCCAGCGCAGCCAACCGGCUUGUGCGCGUUCCUGGAGCGCGUUAUAAAACCUGCACGGGUGGCGCUCCCUGCUCAGCCUGACCUGAGUGAAGGGGCAGCCCCCGUUUCCAGUCCGUGACGGCCUUAGCAUGCGGAGCAUGCAGACCAUGAGCACCUUCCUGAGAAAGCGAUGCCUCUGCCUAGGCUUCCUGCUCUUCCAUCUCUCAAAUCAAGUGACUGCAACCCAGCGCUGCCCGUCCUCGUGCCCGCUCCAGUGUCCCUCUACACCACCGACCUGCGCCCCCGGGGUGCGCUCGGUGCUGGACGGCUGCUCCUGCUGCCUGGUGUGCGCCCGCCAGCGCGGAGAGAGCUGCUCUGAGUUGCAGCCCUGCGACCAGAGCAGUGGCCUCUACUGUGACCGCAGCGCAGACCCCAGCAACCAGACUGGCAUAUGCAUGGUUCUAGAGGGAGACAACUGUGUGUUCGAUGGGGUCAUUUACCGCAGCGGAGAGAAGUUUGAACCAAACUGUCAAUACCACUGCACCUGCAGAGAUGGGCAGAUUGGCUGUGUGCCCCGCUGCCAACUGGAUGUGCUGCUGCCCGGUCCUGACUGCCCAGCUCCAAGGAAAGUUGCAGUGCCUGGGGAGUGCUGUGAGAAAUGGGCCUGUGGUCCAAAUGAGCAGGGGACACUGGGAGGCCUGGCCCUUCCAGCCUACAGGCCAGAAGCCACCGUCGGAGUUGAAGUCUCUGACUCCAGCAUCAACUGCAUUGAGCAGACCACAGAGUGGAGCGCAUGUUCCAAGAGCUGUGGAAUGGGCUUGUCCACCCGGGUCACCAACAGGAAUCGCCAGUGUGAGAUGGUGAAGCAGACUCGUCUCUGCAUGGUUCGGCCUUGUGAGGAAGAGCCCACACAGCCAACAGACAAGAAAGCUAAAAAGUGUCUCCGCACCAAGAAGUCCCUGAAAGCCAUCCACCUGCAGUUCAAGAAUUGCACUAGCCUGCAUACCUAUAAGCCCAGGUUCUGCGGGGUCUGCAGCGAUGGCCGGUGCUGUACUCCCCACAACACCAAAACCAUCCAGGUGGACUUUCAGUGCUCCCCGGGGCAAAGCAUCAAGAAAUCGGUCAUGGUCAUUGGAACCUGCACCUGUCACUCCAACUGCCCUCAGAACAAUGAGGCCUUCCUCCAGGAGCUGGAGCCGAAUACCAGCAGAGGAGAAAUGUAACACGUGUCCAGUAAGCACACGGAUGCAGGCAAACGGUCACUGCUGCAUGGCCUAACAUCACCUGAAUAUAAGAAACAUAGUGAAGAAGCGUCCCAUGUAUGUUUCUGUGAUCACAUGAGGUCAUUUAUAUGUGUCUAUUUUUAAAAUGAAAAGUGUUCCAAAUGUAAACUUGGAAUCGAGGUAAGCUCAGGAUAUGGCUUAAGGGUGACUUGCUUUCCUGUGCUGGUUAUUGCAAGUGUAAAUUUGUGUAAAUUGAAGUCAGAUAGAUGGCUUAAUCUGUAGAAUGCAUCACAUCCCAUUCAUUUUCUGUGCACCUGUUCAAUCCCAAUAAACGUCACAGAAAUGGACGACACAGUGAAAUCUAAGACAUGUUGAACAUGCACAUGUAGAUCACCAUAUACUGAGAUUGACUUGAGGGGUCUCUACUGAGCUCCUUGGGAACCGUCAACUCUGUACCCCCAAGUUCACGAUCAAAGGAAACAUUCAGCUCUUGGACACGAAGUUCACAGAGUAGUUUUCUACUUAGCGGUAGGAAGUGCGCUGUGUCUACAGCGUGGAAUGUCUGUUAAUUGAGUGGACCGGUGUCGUGAACUUUCUCCUUUGUAGACAAGCUGACUCCUUUCCAAGCGAAAGAAGCUGAGCCCACAGCUCCCAGUGCAGAGAUGACAGGGCCUCUCAGCUCAUCAUGUGUAUCCUGACGGCUGCUGAGGCUCACUCCAUAAUUCAGCAGGGAAGCUCUCAUACUUAAACAGCGCACUGAGCUCCACAACACCUAAUUAUAGUCACUGAUGCCUUUCAAAUGUGCUUUUAGUGCAAUUUAGAGAACGGAGGGCAGAAUCCACAAAAUUUAUGAGAGUUUAAAGUUACUGAAGGCCUGUUUAAGACACAUCCUUUGGUCAUAGCUAUGAAAGCACAAAAUAUACACAUGUGCUUAAGUGUGUCUAAUAGAUGAAGAUCACAAAAUGUGCUGCAAAGUGCAAUUUGUACAUCCCUCUGACAUCGCCACUUUUGUCCUUAAAGUAUUUAUAAAAAUAUAAAUUAUACAUUUUGUAAGAUAUUCUUUUUAAUUUCUCUAGUUGUCAGACCCAACUUUUAAAACUACAAUGUUAUCAGUGCGUGACUCUGGUAUUUUGGUUCGUGUUACAAGUUUAAUGUUGUUUCCUGAAAAUAAAAAAUCCAUGAAUUAAA